GUGUGUGUGUGUGUGUGUGUGUGUUAACAAUCACUCCUCAGUUAACACCAACCUCACACAAUGACACAGAGCGGAGAGGCUCCACGACAGCACACGUCACACAAUAGGGUUCACCCUGCUAUAAAAUGUGGUGGGAUGCGAGCAUGCAGCAGUCUUCCCCCCUACUCUCUCUCUCUCUAUCUCUCUCUCUGUACCCCAUCCCUUCCUCUCUGUCUCUCUCCCUCUCUUUCUCUCUCUCUCUCUGUCUCUCCUUCCCUCUUGCUCUCAAGGAUCUCUCAGCGAGCAUGAGAGGACACAACUGAGUGGACGUUCACACUGGACUCCUGCAGCUGUGGACGCUGAUGACCUGGCAGCACAUUCGUAACUCCCUGAGCACCUGAAAUUUCUGCACGUUCCUAUAAACACACCGACGCAGUCAGUCACCUAAAGCACCAUGACCAGGAAGGUAUUCACCAACACGAGGGAGCGCUGGCGCCAGCACAACGUUAACACGGCCUUCGCUGAGCUCCGCAAGCUCAUCCCCACCCAUCCUCCGGAGAAGAAGCUGAGCAAGAACGAGAUCCUGCGUCUGGCCAUGCGCUACAUCAACUUCCUGGUGCAGCUGCUGGAGAGCCAGAGCGGUCAGCCGGCCAGCCACUCCCCCACCGCUCUUCUCACCUUCCUCAGAGGAAACAUGGAGCAACUGCAUUCCCCUCCGCACCCGUGGGCCAUGACUAGCGACACCGAGGCUCUGUCACCCGGAUCCAGCUGCGACAGCACGGAGGCCUGGUAGAACCGGAGACCCUGAACGUGAAAAACAUCUUGAGUGGACUUUCUGACUGUUUCUCUGGGUCUAAAAACUGAUCCCGUCCUUCCUCAAGACUCUUUUUUUUUUUUUUUUUUCUGUCUCUGCAUGUCAGCACCUCCUGAGUCAGGUGGUUCUGACCCGUGUUUCAGUGCAGAAGAUGCAAUAUUGUGUGAUGUUUGUGGAUUCCACACGUGGCAGAAAUCGAGGCGAAGCCGGAAUGCUGAUCAGUGUUGAAAUAUUAUUUGGAAAAUUAAUUUGCAUUCUGCAUGGAUGUGUAAAACCUGGAUGUACAAUAUUCCCUUCAUGUCUUCAUAUUAAUAUUCCUUGUUGCCGGCCCGCCUGGAACUAAUUUAGUUUUGCAGUAAGAGGGUGUUUUGCCAAUGAGGAAAAUGGAGGGAUUAAAGAAUUUCUCAUUUCAAGCAAUAGAUUCAGCGAGGCAUUUGAAUAGAUAAUGGCUCAGCCAAUUCUCCGCCUCAAAAUAGCCAAGGGCACUUUUUUUUUUUUUUUUUAAUUUUAAAAAUCGACAUGCUAUUUUUUCCCCCCCGAGAAGACUAAAUCUGACCUUUCUUUUCAAUUAUCAAGGUUAUGUGAAUUGAGAAGAAUCAGUUCUGCGAAAGCUUUUCUUUUACAAUGAUGAGUAUUGAUUGAUUAUUCGUUUCUCCUGACUAGGAUUGGGCUGAGGAAGUUUGGCAAAACUGACAAUCCUCUUUCGAUAAUGAUGUGCUUCACGACACGAUAUCUUCUCAUUUAAAUGUGCUUUCAUCUGACUUUUUUUUUUUGUACAAUACGCAUGUCAUAUAGCCAAAGAUUAUGAAUUGAUUGUCUACUGUGAAGAGUGUGCUAAUUAUCUUCUGAUACCUCUUUUGUAAGUUAUUUUUGUUUGCUUGUGAAUACACAGUAUGUUAUUUAUUUGAACUAUUUAUUUAAUAAAUGAUUUGUUAAUAAAACACUUUCUGAAUAUGUUUAAUGAACAACGUCAUUUUAUAAGCAUUACACACUUAAAAUGUUUGAGCCACAAUUUCUGAAUAGACUCUUAAACUGUGUACCAAUCUCACACUACUCACUAACAGGUUUUGAAAAUGUGGUGCAUUCACACAGUCAGUACGCAAACUAAAACACCUGAUUGUAAGUCUGCUGAUGGACGCGAAUGUCCAACAAUCACUGCACAAAGGAAAAGGAGAAGCUAGAUUUUACAGUGCAUAUUUUGCUGUCUAUUUGUUAGUAUGUUGUUUACUUUAGUAUGUUGACUUUUAACCGCAAAACAGUACACAAAACAAUAAGUAUACUGUAUACAAUUAGUGCAUAGUAUGGAUUUGGGACAUGACAUUAUUUCACGCUGUGUAAAACACAUCAGAUCUGAAGUUAAGAGCAGAGCUGCUGCCUCAGUGCGGACACUCUUUGUUUGUACUCAAGAAGCCCAGAGACUUUUGUCCACAAAGUCCUGUGAUGACCAUGUGGACACAAAGCUGACCUCUGCACUCUGUCCACUGACCAGAGGCCUGAGAGAGGAGCGCUGAAAGUGACAGCUUAACUUGUGACCCUGAGGUCAUCCUGGAGUCAAACACCGUCCAGUUGACCAAACAUGCAGAUGGAGAAAAAGAAAUCCUGGCAUGUUUAAAAAUGUCACUUUGUUGCUGCACACGGUAUAAAACUGAAGUCGUGACUGUGACAAGUAUAAGAGCAGGAGAUACUUGAACACCUAAUAUUUAUGGGAAGAGAGGCAGCAGGAAUGCCAAAAUGUAAACUAGAAAUGGAAUAAAUUUGACUAAAAUAAUACUUUGUGCUGUAAAAAAUGUU